AUGAAAAUAGUACUCUGCGGGGAAGGUGACUUUUCAUUCGGACGGUGGCUCGCCGCGUCCAUCAAGCACCACCACAAAUCCAUGAAGGCGGUAGCAAAUGGUGUGCCUUAUCGGAAGCGCGCAUUUGAUGAUGAGCUAUUUUCACUCGACUAUAUCCUGUUAUUGCUUAAUGUGGAGGAGUUACCAAAGGAGCUGCAUAUGAUUGCCACCUCGUUGGACUCUCGUGAGGAGGUGCUGAAGAAGUAUCCGGACGCUCUAAGUCACUUGGAUUACUUGGAGACACCUUGCCGCUAUCCGAGUCGCGAAGUCCGUCACGGCGUGGAUGCCUGUACGAUGGCCUGCGACGCAGACCGAGUCAUUUGGAACCACCCUCACGCUGGUAUUGAGUCAGCUGAUGUACAUCACGACCUGAUCCGGCGGUUUCUGAAGAAUGUGUUUCGACCUCAGGUCGUAGACGAAGUGGAAAGGGACGGUGGGCCUCCACAGGCUAUGCCGUUAGAGACCAAAUCGCUAGAGACCAAGUCGCUAGAGCCCAGUCCCGUAGAGACCAGGCUAGUAGUACCCAUGUUGGUAGAGGUAGUAGUUACGCUUAUUGAGGGGCAGUUUGAGCAGUGGAAUCUGAUUGACCUCUUAUGUCAUGGGAAUGAUCAGCCGGAGUGUACUCCCAUGAUAUCUCUCCUUAACAUUUCCCCUUUCUUUUUAUUAAUUAAAGACUCAAGACGUUUACUGAAGACGGCACACUUCUAUUCACCCUUUAAAACGACGGAGGAAGAAGAAGAUGGCGGGGAGUAUGAUAAAGAUAGAUAUGGACGGAUAGUACUCUCCGAAGAUGACUACAACCGAAGGCUCGAGGCCAUUAUCGCGAAACAAUAUUUCCCUAUUGUACAUGAACAAAAAGAACUAGCUACUACUUUGGCUGCCACAACCUUGAAUAACGACGAGGGAGACCAUGAUGAGGGCCAUUCUCAGGAAACAAAUAACGCUCGACAAACAAUCAAUGAAUUUCAACUCAGUCACACCACCGAGGACAAUGCGGCUGCCGAUAAAAUGAUGCAGCUGGAUAAACUCAAGAUCAGCCGGACCAAGGCAAAAAUGCUAACUGACAGCGAUACCUACAAUAAACACCAGCAACGGCUUCGCGAUGGCCGGGGGGAUGGGCUUAUAUUCCAUCGCCAUGCCAGUCAAAACGCACUCAUGUUUGGCGUUAAAAAUGACGAGAAAGAGCUUCGAGCCCUAAUGAAUCAAUCUGAAGUCCCCGAAUUGACGCUUGGGGACCCGUUGCAAGCUGCGAUUUCUUCGUCGCACACGUGCGCGAUACAAGAUGCGCCGUCAAAAAAUGACGGUAAUUCGGUUGCUGUACUUGAGACCGGCGGAACUGUGAUCAUUAGGCCCGUAAAUACGUCUUGGGGCCUCAACGAAGAAAGCUCCACGAGAGCCGACAUCUCCCGACAGAUCGCCGAGGUUACCCGGAAAAAGGCUCUUCAACAAGAACAGUUGACCAGCGGAAUCUUCACCAAGGAUUUGGACAGCCGGAUAGUGGAACGGACACCAGCAACCUAUUUACUGCAGGAACCUUCCAAGGAAGAAAGGACCGCGGAAAAGUUGCGAGACUCUCAUGUUAAGACUAAGAAGGACAAAAUCAGAGUCAAAGAGAGCCGGUUCGGUCAGUCCACCGCUGGUGGGAACCGUUCGGGUUACCAUACUGCUUCCAAUAGCACGUUAUUGAACUCGCAGCUGGGAAAGAUCUUAAGUAGAAAGCUUCGGGGGGAAUAA